ACGCCGAGGCCAUUGACGAGGGUUUUGCUGCCCAGAACCCGCACGAGGUCCUCACGGCCGAGCUGCGCGCCCUGUACGGCUCGUUCCAGCGGUGCCUCGACCUGCGCGACAAGUACAUGACCCUGUCGCGUCAACGUCUCGAGGACAACCCCGCCAACUACGACGGCGCGUUCGACCCGUCCUCGUCGCCCUCGUACGCCUCGACCUCGACGCUCCUGCCCGUCAACCUCCCUCCCGGCUUCGACCACUGGAAGAUCUACCCGCCGCCGCCCGAGCCGCACUGGAAGGAGAUCGACCCGCUCGGCGAGGCCCCGGGCGACACGACCGAGGAGAUUGCGGCGCGCGAGGAGGCGAGGAGGAAGUUCGAGUGGAGCGAGUGCGACAUCCCGCAGCAGGAGCCCGAGGCCAAGAGGAGGAGGUUCGCGCUCGACGACAACGGCGUGUACCAGGUCUACCACGACGCCGACCCUGCGCGCUCGACCGACUCGCCCAAGCCCCUGUAUGCCGUCCCGACCCUCAAGGAGUACUUCCAGGACCUCGACGACGUGCUGUCGGUCAUCUCGGACGGGCCCGCCAAGUCGUUCGCCUACCGGCGCCUGCGGUACCUCGAGAGCAAGUGGAACCUGUACGUGCUCCUCAACGAAUACAAGGAACUCGCCGAGAUGAAGCGCGUUUCGCACCGCGACUUCUACAACGUCCGCAAAGUCGACACUCACGUCCACCACUCGGCUUCCGCCAACCAGAAACACGUACUUAGGUUCAUCAAGGCGAAAAUGAAGCGCUCUGCCGAUGAGGUCGUCAUCUUUCGCGACGGCCAGCACCUGACGCUGCGCCAGGUGUUCGAGUCGCUCAACAUGACGGCGUACGACCUCUCGAUCGACACGCUCGACAUGCACGCCCACCAGGACUCGUUUCACCGGUUCGACAAGUUCAACCUCAAGUACAACCCGCUCGGCGAGUCGCGCCUGAGGGAGAUCUUCCUCAAGACGGACAACUAUAUCGAGGGUCGAUAUCUCGCCGAGAUGACCAAGGAGAUCUUCACCGACCUGCAAGCGAGCAAGUACCAGAUGGCCGAGUACCGCAUCAGCAUCUACGGCCGCAACACGGCCGAGUGGGACAAGCUCGCCAAGUGGGUCAUCAAGAACGAGCUCUUCAGCGACAACGUGCGGUGGCUCAUCCAGAUCCCGCGCCUGUACGACGUGUUCAAGAAGAGCGGCGGCGUCAACGACUUUGAGGAGGUCGUGCGCAACAUUUUCGAGCCCUUGUUCGAGGUGACGGCGGACCCGUCGUCGCACCCCGAGCUGCACGUCUUCCUGCAACGCGUCGUCGGCUUCGACUCGGUCGACGACGAGUCCAAGGCCGAGCGCCGCCUGUACCGCAAGUUUCCCGUCCCGCGCGACUGGAACACGACCCAAAAUCCGCCGUACGCCUACUGGCUCUACUUCCUGUACGCCAACAUCACCUCGCUCAACAACUGGCGGCACGAGCGCGGCUUCAACACGUUCUGGCUGCGCCCUCACGCCGGCGAGGCGGGCGACACGGACCACCUCACCUCGGCCUUCCUCACCUCGCACUCGAUCUCGCACGGCAUCCUCCUGCGCAAGGUGCCCGCCCUCCAGUACCUCUUCUACCUCAAGCAGAUCGGUAUCGCCAUGUCGCCGCUGUCGAACAACGCCCUCUUCCUCGCCUACGAGCGCAACCCGUUCCCGACCUUCUUCCGCACCGGCCUCAAUGUCAGUCUCAGCACCGACGACCCGCUCCAGUUCCACUUUACCAAGGAGCCCCUCCUCGAGGAGUACUCGGUCGCGGCCCAGAUCUACAAGCUCUCGCCGGCCGACAUGUGCGAGCUCGCGCGCAACUCGUGCGUCCAGUCGGGCUUCGAGAUGGCCGUCAAGCGGCACUGGCUCGGGCCCGAGUGGUACCGCGAGGGCAAGGACGGCAACCUGAUCCACAAGACCAACAUGCCCAACCUGCGCGCCGAGUACCGCCACGCGACGCUGAGCGAGGAGCGGAACAUGCUCGCCAUGGUCAAGCAGGCGCCCUCGACCGCCGCUGCCGCCGUCUCGUCGUCAGUCUCGCGCGCCACCUCGGCGCCCAACGCCGGCGGGUCCAAGCCGCUCUCGGCGCAGGCGCACAAGCCGCUCAUGACGGACGACGCUGUCGGUGCGGCGGCCAUGGGCGCAGGCGGGGCCAAGCUGGGCGUGCCCGGGCUCGGGAAUGAGGGUGCGAGCAGCGUGCUCGGAGGGUAGUAAACGGCCGACGACGGACGGGCACUGCAUAGACGAGUCGUCUCUC